AGAUCAAGCCAUUCCAGAAAGCAACCAUGGAGAUUGAACGAGUGGUGCGACUAAGACAAGACCUCGAAAGGGUAAGUGAAUUAUAGUACUUUCAGUCGAACUUAAUUAAGUUUUUGAAUGUUGACAGUGAACAUGCAUGCAUGCAUGUGCUCAUAUUUCCUGGCCGUAAAAAUUAUGAUCAAGAAAAUUACCCUAAAACGGAAAGCUUCGGAUUGAUAGGGAUGCAACUACCUGAAAAUACAAGGAGAACUUCGAAAAAUACAAGCACUACUUCAAUAGGAGAACUGUGAAAAAUACAAGGAGAACUCUUUGUGUUUUCAGCUACUAGUUGCAUCCCUAUCAAUCCGAAGCGUUCUUAUUAUUGGCACUACCUUCAUGUCCAUACCGUUGAAGAUUAUGCCUAAAAAAGAGUCUAGAGGUGAGCCGAUGUCUAAAAAAAGCCGAUUACCGAUACCGAUUGUUAACAGCCGAUAUUUACCCACCAUCGGCCGAUUAAUCGGUAAAACCGAUGGUCAUCUUAAUUUUUUUUUACUAAUGCAUCCUCUCGUCAAAACAUGCAAAAACAGGAAGCGACAUUUAUAACACUGAUUCUGAAAUCCACAGCGUGCUACUGACUGGUCAACGGAAGUUACGGAACACGAUAACUUAAUUAAUAAAUCUUGCAGAAAUGCCAGAAAAGUGAGAAAACAACUAUGAAAAAACAUAGUGUUUCCACUUUCGUUUCGAUAAUUGUUUCCACACCAAAUAUUUGAUUUUCAUUUUUUUAUUACACCGCUGACCAUACAAUUGGUGGAAGACAAUCGGCCAUCGUCGGCCGAUUGUGAAAAAACAAGCCGAUUAAUCGGUUUUGCCGAUGAUCGGCUCAGCUCUAGAUUAUACCUAAAAAAGAGUGUGUAUAUUUGUUAACAUAUUUCUAAAAUUCUUCAGAACAUACUCAAUACGCGUACUGCUUCGAAUUCAAAAUGCCCAAAAAGUUCGUGAUUUAAAAAUUUUCUACAUAGUUAGCUACAUGCAACCCUUUGGGAUUUAAUCGUUUUACUGUGCUUAUUUUAGAUCCGUAAUUUGUGUUAUAUGGUCGAAAAACGCGAAAAAUAUAAGAGAGAACUGACAGCAGCACGUGAAGCUGUGUUUCGCAAAGAACUUGAAGUCGUUGAUGACACAUCAGGUAAGAUGUCCACGGAAGAUAUCCAAUGGGCACGCUCUUGUUGUGUGAAAAAUUUUACCGAAUACGAGGAAUUACAGACACUCGACUUGCGAUGUCCAGCAAAGCCGAAGGUUUAUAAGAAACGUGGCAGGAAACCUAAACGACGAUCGAUGAAGACGAUUAAUGGAUUUGUUCAAACUGGAGUCAUGAGUCAGUCUGAUGGAAUCACGAGUGAAUAUAGCGGGGAGUGCGAGGAAAGCGAUUCUACACAUCGAAAUAAAGAUUCUACAUUUUGUUCCGGUGAUAGUAUCAAUGAUCAUUUGGAUAAUGAAGGUACGACGUCUCGCGCAGAUGUUACUAGCAACUGUACUUCGUCAUGUGACAAUACAGCGAGCAAUAUCGAUGAAAAGACGCUUACGUUACGUAGUAACUCUUCCGCACGUUCUGGGUGCUCAAACAACGAAAAUAUUUCGUCAGAUUCUGAUUUCGAGGACGAGUCGGCCAGGAAAGCAAAACGUCGAGCUUCUAUAAGUCAGUUACGAAUGCGUAAAUUAUCAAAGUCGGAUACAGAGAUGGUUGGAGUUUCUCGAUCUAGUGACGCCGAGUCUACUGGUAGCUCAUCAAUACACACUCGAGGCAGCUCACCUGUGCAAUUGAAAGCCAGGUUAAAUGGUUUAAAUGUGAGUGCUCGUGUCAAUUUACUGGAAAUUAAGGACGGUAUGAAGAAUCGUCUUUGUCAUAGUCCGAACAAACGAAAUAGAAAAAGAUUGUUUUGUGAACUGUCUGAAAAACACGAUGAAUCUCAAUCACCGAUGACACUACGAUCAAAUGGCACGAUUCUAGGCGAGCAAUUGACGUGUAACGCUGUUUCUGAAAAGAGAGUUUGUCGUCCAAAUGGGAUUUUAGACUCAAAAAGCAAUGAGAAAACUACGAGGAAGUCAAAUUCUUUAAACAAUGAUGAUAGUCAAUCAGAAGAAAGCGGCAAGUCGGAAGUUCAUUUUACAAGGUCACGAAGCCGUACAUCUGCUCUAGAUUCACCCAAGUCUUCGUCUGGACAAAAUGAUGUUCUACAUACUGUCGAUAAACAGUCGGAGAAGAACGGAAAUAUACCGGAAUUGUUCCAGACGAGAUCGCACAACAGUCGUGCUGUUUCGAUAUCAACGUCUUCUACGAUUGAUGGCGUUUUGUGUAUCGGGAAGAGCGAUGAAAUUUCCAGAAAGGAUGCGUCACAACUAGCACACCAUAGCCUUUCCAACCAUGAUGAAGUUUCGGAUAUCUCGUCUCGAACUAGGUCGCGUAGUAACACGUCGGACUCCGCUUCAUCCCCAGUAAAGAAAGAUACAGAUGUGUCCCACAUUUUGUCAACAGGCCAAAACACCGAAACAAAUUGUAAGCGAGACAGUGCAAAGAAAGAAGUAAUUGCUGAAAGGUGUAGAACACCCCGACGUCAGGCAAGAUUAUCAGAUAAUGUAGUAGCUUCAAAAGCGACGUUGUACAGUCCGACCAAAUGCUCGAGGUUUUUUGGUAAGCUGCGGCAAGCAGCAACAACUAGUGCAUAAGAAAACCUUAGUCGUAUUGAGUUUAGCUGAAUUGUUGAUAUUAAAAUUUGUGUU